GUUUCAAGUUAUGUAACGGGCUUGUUGCAAUGCACUCUGAAGAAAAUAUGGCGUGAACCAUAGCCAGAUUUUAGAUUUGUAAGAUUUAUUAUUAUUGUACCAUUCAUGUAAUCAUUUAGUUAAAUUCGAUCGACGAGAAAGUAAAUUAUCUUAAAAAUAAUGAAGGAUAUAUUGAUACAUUUAAAGCGAAAACAAAUAUGGAAAUACACAAAGCGUGAAUUUAUCACCACUACCUAUGAAAUAUCUGACCACGGUCCAGCCUGGUCAAUAGGCUGGCUGCAUACGGUCCGUUUACCAAUUAGGGAUUCAGAUUCGGUAUUCCAUAAGACUGGCGCCUACGUACGUUGUUAAGAAAUCAAACGGUAAGUUUUUAUUGUUCGGGAAAUAAAUAUAGCGCCCGUUGAUCAUUUUAUAUGUAAUUUUUUCAGGGUUCUAAAUAUGUAAACCAACGUUUGGUCGGCCUUACACUUGAUUAUUAUUACCUAUCUACUUGUGACCUGAAUACCUCGGUAGGCACUAAAAAAUAAUCAUAGACGGUAUCUACCUACCUACUUAUAUGGUCCAUCGUACCUAGUAAAGAUCUUCCUAUCUAGUAUCUACUAACUUUAGAUCGAAAUCGACAUUACUGCAUUUGAUACUCGGUCGUUGUUUGUUCAUGUAUGUAUGGUGGAACGGGUGGUAAUAACCCAUCAAUACCAUACGGACGUUGCAUUGGUAGAUGGAUAUCGACCUAUCAAAAGGCUUACUAGGUACUACUUCUAGUUUCCUAUAGGCAACUGCUUCGCCAGAUGCAUAUUGCGCAUGUAACUAGGCUAGGUGUAUCUUACUGAUUUGUUUCUGUUCAUUUAAAAUCCUGUCCAAAUUAGUAACCUGCACGACUUCCAAAUUUUGUAAAAAGGAAGAUAGGUAGUACUACUUCCUUAUGAGUUAGCAGUACAUUCCAAAAACUAAAUCAUCAAGCUUCUAAGAAUUCUAAGGUAUUGGCUUCUAUUAUUCAGAGCUGUAAGAGAUUAAGGUUACUACUAGCUACUACUAUAAUAAACGCUCAUUUUGGUUUUGUAUCAUUUAAUCGCCCUACAAAUGUACAAUACAGAUGCCGACAUUCUUGAACAGGAUAAACUCACAUUACAAAAAUCGAUGACAAUAUCCACGCAAAUAUACGCAGUCACUGGCAAAACUAUAAUAUUGUCGCCGAACUUUGAUAUGAGGCUAAAAGUUUAACAUGAUUCAGAACAGUCUACAAUAAUCAGGAAUAGAAAUAACUGUAGCAUCCAGAGUUAUGAUUUACGUACAACAUUUUAUUUGCUUUCCUUGUAUACUACAUAAUUAAAUAAAUUGCAUUCCUGAUGACGCGCACUGGUAAGUGUAACACUUAUACACAUCAGUCCAUGCAUCACUAUGAGGGUGAGGUUUCCACACAUUCGAUUCCAUGGCCGUCCACUCCAGAUAGUAAAUCACUGAAACCUCGUCAUGUGGGAUGGCAGUAGUAGUGUUCUUAAAAGUAAAUAGCUUAGAAAGCGAACAACAGCAGGAACGCCAUCAUAAGACAGAAGAGACCCAUAGCCUCAGACAGGGCGAAACCCAAGAUGGCGUAUGAGAACAGUUGCUGCUUGAGGGAGGGGUUCCUGGCGUAACCGAUGAUAAGGGAGCCGAACACCGUUCCGAUACCCGCACCUGUAAUAAAAUUAUUGCAAGUUUGUAUAAUCCCAUAUAUAAUACAUGGUAAGUAACAAUAAAUACACUACCUAUUCCAAUUGGAAUUAAUUUUCUUUAUAUGUUGUAAGUGAAUAUAUAAACUACUAUGGGCAGUACUGUGUUUCAGUCUGCAGUUUCCUUUACACAAAUGAAUUUAUUGUCUCAAUGAUUGAUUAAUAAAUUUACAAAUCAUUAAAUGGAACAUCUCUACUUAGUUCCGGUAGACCUCACUUUUCCACCUCUGCCUAAUUCCAGAUAAUGUAACUGGUGGAUAAUUUGAUGUUUCUUUCAUAUUGAAAUGUAUGAUAUGUGUAAAGCUAGCUUUAUGGAAACUCAAUUAGCAUUAGUGGUACGGAGAAGAAUGUUGAAACUAAAAGAUUGCUUCUAAACUACCAAAAUACUAACUUCUUAAGGACAACUGCAUUUAAUAAACUCAUACAUUAUCAUGCACACUUUAUGACAUACAAGUGUUAUUCCUUGCUCUCCCACAUGUAAUCAAUACACUUUGAACCCCCACUUAUGUGCUUACAUAAGUAGUGGGUUUGGGUAGCCAAACUUAAGAAAAUCAAUAAGAUGCUUGCGGGUUAUGCAAUCACUCAUGGCAAAAUGUAAGUUUACUGGUAAGUUACUACAUUAAAUGACACUAAAUUUUAACAGGGAUACCUUGAAGUGCACAUGAUUAAUGCAGUAUACUAUAAAAUACUUUAACUUCCUCAAAAAAUUGCGAUUAAGACAGUAUCAAUUAACUUUAGAUACAUUAUCUUGGGAACACUAAAACUUAGUGAGGAACAUCAAGAUAGAAACAAUUGGAAUCAAACUGCUUAUUAGAAAGUUGCAGAACUAACCGGAGCCGGCUACUCCAACUGUCGCUGCACCAGCACCAAUGAAUUUGGCAGCAGAGUCAAUGUCCUUGGUGACUGCGGUGGUCUGGAAGGACCUCACUGCUGACAGCUGAGCUGGAGCAGUGGGGAUUUGUGUGUGUGUGGGGACUACAGCCAGUGUUCGCACGGCGGCUGUGUUGUUGAAGAUCUAUAACACAAAACAAUUUGUCAGAACAUUUCAUAUAACCUCAAAGAGAGUUACACCCUAAAAAUCAAUACAGCAACAAACUAAAAAUAAGACAUCAUUAAUGAUUUAGAUAAUGUCGAUUAUAUGGCGCUUAUCCAUUCAUUAGAAAUUGGGUGAUAAUUCUUGUUACCUAAUACUGGAACAGAAGUUGGAUUAUGUAAUGAUUUAUUCCAACUGUGGGUAGCGCUGCAAGGUGGUAACUUAGUGAUAAAUAAGGAAAUAAUUUACUGAUAUUCUCUCCAAUUAACCUAUGAGACCGCAGACCUGGCUGCAGGGGCGAUCAAUCUGGCGGCAGACAGCAUUUUGUGAUUUAUUUAGGUGCGGCGAGCGACAACUGAAAGAAACCGUACGACUAGAUGAGUUAGCUACUCGAGACUAGUGAGUCUAAAUGCCUACUGAUAGACCUAAGUUUAUGUGGAAGUCACUUGACAGUUUGACCGACGACCGCAGUAUGUUACGUAAUUUACGGUGCUACGUAACGGAGACUCGGAUACUACAACCUAGACUAUCUUGAUUAUAAAGGCAAUUUGGUAUCUUCGUGCACAGAAUUUGAUGGGCAGAUCUAUGGAAUGUUACCUCUAAGCUAUUUAUUAGAUUGUCGAACGAAAAUGGCCGAAUCGGCGAACGGACUUCAAUAGGAAUGAUGAAGAUUUUCUGUGACAACUUACGAGUGCACAAAUAAAUAUUUACACUAUCACACACUAUAUGGUUGAAAACGCAAUUGGAAACACUUUUUAUUGUAUGAUGGCUUCAAAUUAUUACACUUUUUCACGAUUAAAUAUUUCACUAAAUUCUGCCGCACUUACCAAAGAACACCGAGAGGGAGGAGACCGGCCUUUGGAAUGUUCAAUUUCUGAGUGGUCAAGUGAAACAGAACACAAAUGCCGCAUUGCUAUUGGUCGAUAUUACAGUCAGUUCCGUUCAGUGCUACCAACUGCGGAUCAAUAUGCGCGGAUAGAAAAACAAAUAUGAACCUUUAAAAAAUAUAUUUAUAUUAAAUCAAUUAUGUACAAAACUAAGUACAGGAAAAUUUUUCUACAUUUUAUGAAUUGUUAAUUAAUUUAUCAAAUCGAAAUUUGGUUUUCGUUGUUAAGUCUUGAUAAUGGCUACAGGUUAAAUGAAUACAGUGCUGCCAUUGACUAGUGCAAUACCAUUGUACGACAUGGCCGUCUUCAUGAUAAACAUCUGUAAAUUUAAUGGCUGUGGCAUAACAUUUCCAAGAUUAGCCGACUUAAUUGAACACAUCGAAGAUGUCCAUAUCGAUUACGAUCCAGCAGUAAUAGAACAGAAAGAAGCUUCACAACCAGCAUGUAUCCCGCUAAGUUACGUUCUAAAGUUUAUCUCGGAAGCUUCAAAGCGGGAAAACCAAAACGCAGCCCCCGUUCCCGAUGUCCGCCGCCGCCUCUUGUCUGCACCCAAGACACCUUCUGUCCGCAGCAGCACGCCCACUGGAAGCGAGAUGGAUGAAGACGAGCUCGUUAGCCCAUCUGAAGACAGCAACGACUCGUGGACGACGGCCGAAGAGUACAGCUCAGAGUUCAUAUUGCGCUACGGCGUCAAGAUGAACGCGAGCGCGUCGUCCGGGGCCCUGGGUCCCGCAGCACAGGAGAAACCGUUCGCCUGUCCGGUGCCCGGAUGCAAGAAGAGAUACAAGAACGUGAACGGAAUCAAGUAUCAUUCCAAGAAUGGACACAAAAAGGAUGGCAAGGUAAAAAAGGGCUACAGAUGCCCAUGCGGCAAAAGCUACAAAACGGCGCAAGGGCUUAAGAGCCACUCGAUCACCCAGCACAUCGCGUCUAGUCAGUCGUCGACGUCGGAGCACAAGUUGCACGCGGCCAAGAUGACGGGGCUCGUGGUGACCAGCUCGCCUGCCCAGUCGCGGACCCUCAACCUGCUGGAUGCGGUGGACGGGAACAAGCUGGUGCGUAUCUACGACUCGCUGAAGGGGUCCCUGCCCAAGCACGCGGCCGUGGCCGUGGCGCCGGGCGGCGGGCUGCUGGCGGGCGGCGCGGCCGACAAGCUGCGCCUGGAGCGCGCGCCCAAGCUGGCCGUGCAGGCGGCGCCCCCCUCCCACCCCGCGCACCCCGCCCACCUCGCCUCGCUGUACGGAGCCGACGCGCCCCACUGAGCCCGCCAGCUUCCACUCAACGAAUUUAAGUCACUAGUAUAGUAUACAUGCAGUUCCUAAAAAAAGUGAAAAAAAAGUUCAUUUUCAUUGAAUGCGUUAAAUAAUUUAUUAACUGUCGUCAUAUGAAGGUGUUAACCUGUGUAUAUCGUUGAUUGUGCUUGUGCAUGCUUUUAAUUUAUAUUAUUACAUUUUGCACAAAUAAUUCCCAUCGCACCUUCGUCUACAGAGGUAGAAUAAUUGUUUCUCAAAGAGAUAGGAGAGUUAUAUUUAUUUGUUUUUGUUUGUUUGAGAUUUUAUGUUGAUUAGUGAGUAUUUAUAAGUUAUUGGAACGCUAAUUUUAUUUACAAGGAGAUGCGGUGGAGAGCCUAUAUUAUUUGAUUCUGUUUGUUGAUCGAACAGUUUUUGUGUUGAGUAGAUACCAGCUUGUAAACUAUAUAGAUAUGCAUAUAAUAUCGUGUCAAUGUUGGUCUCCGUAGUAAGUUGCGACGGCUGUGUGACCUGUCAUUGUGUACGACAGGUUGUACAAAUAUGUGAUGUAGGUACUGGUCAAGUGUAUGAGGAUUGGGUUUAUGUUAUUGCAAGUGUCGUCCCCGCUCGAUUAUUACCUAUAUUAAAUUUUCUGUGAUCUCUACGCGUCGGGGACGAUGGUGUGUGUACUGUAACUUGAACGUGAAUGUCGUACGUAUAUCGACAUACCUUCGUAUCUCUUUGUGCCAUUAUUUCUAACAUGUGUACUUAAUCGUAUAUUUCACGCGAAACGCUUUACGUUCAUAAUUGUUUUAAUAUUCACAUUGUUAGAUUUUUUAAAUUAAGAUAAAAAGAAAACAAAGAAAAAAUAGCGUUCACUUAAGUAUCUUUUUGGAAUUAGAAUAAAAGUCAUACUCGUAAAUGUGAUAUGGUAUUUAAAAAAAAGUAAAAAAAAUUGCUUAUAAGCGUCACGUAUAAAAUACCUAGUUUUUAAGGCUGGCAACGUUUGUUCGUUAUAUUUGAUAUGAUAAAAUGUGCGCUAAAUGUGUCUAGGUUUUGGUGCCUUUAUUAUUUAUUCUUGGUUUUGCAGUGCAAGUACUGAUCAUAGUUUUUUUGGAACAUUAGUAUAGAGGUGGCGAAAUAACAGUUUAAAAAGGAGUACGUGCUUGAUGUUAACAGGUACACAGAUGGUACCUCCCUACUUUAGAAUUUUCACAAAAGGAGCUUAAUAUUGUAGAUGAACUUUGCUACGAUUACGUAAAUACAGAUAUAUUUAUUUUGCUUGACUAUUAAUACGUAACAAUUGAUAUAACUGUUUUAACAUGUUCCUAACGUAAAAAUAUAUAAAAUAAUAUGUCAUUUUGCAUACUUAUAUUUAUAGGACUACAUAUAAUAAAGACUCAAAUGACACGUGCGUAAUUGUAGCAAAUGCUCUUAAAAACAUUUAGUUAGGAACUAUCAAAAUAUAUCCUUUCGAAUUAUUGGUAUUAUAAUGGUUGGAUAAUGUUAGGAGGAAAACGGUUGAGGUGCUACCAAAAUAGUGAUUGGGCGUUAACUAUGAAUGAUGUGAAAUUCGUAUGUAUGUAUGUAUGUAUAUAUGUAUAACAGUUCCAAAGCGAAAUUAUAUCUAAAGAUUAAGAUUAGUAUGGUCACGGUGCUUAACGGGUAAAACGUGUGAUAUUUGGAUUAUAAAAGUAUGUUAGUGCGGCUACCAAAGAAACGACAUUUCAAAUUAUAACUACGAUAGCUAUUUUCGUAUAUUUUAUCUCAAACACUUAAACACUAUUAAAUUUUAGUUUGAAUUUUAAGAUCUUGAUGUUUCUCCGCGUAUAUUUUCUGUUCGCGGUAACUAGAUUUGUUUCGAGCCACGACCGGGGCCCAUAAUCGGGAUAAGUGGGUGUUGAGCAACAAACUGUAGUAUUCAAAUUUUAAAAUUGAGCGUAUUUCAGUGUUUGAACGUGUUUCACAACCUUGUCUUAUGAACGAACGAUACGAUACAUUUUUUUUUGAAAAAUUAAUCGUUUUAAAAUAUAUUUUUUUGUUUGUUGUGCCUUACUGUUAUUCAUAUUUGGUUUGUUAUUUAAGUGCUAUGUGCAGGGUGGAAGGGAGUUAAAAAAGCAAAUUGUAAUCUGUGCUUCAAUGCAUUACCUAAAUAAUUUAAAAUGUUUGUCUUUUUAGUAAAAUAAAACUGAAACAUACAAAAAAAAUAAAGCCAAAAAAUAAUGUACUUAUUUAACACGUUAUAAUUGGAUCCUUUUACGAUGUUAUGCGCAAUGAAGCUAUGGUACGAGAUUGCCUUUUCCAACCCUUUCUUAAAAUUAUAGAAUUAAAAAUGUCGUUUUCGAUUGAGGGUGUUCAAAGAAGUAGUGGGUUUUAUAAACUGAAUGUGAAGAGGUUUGAAGAAAAUAGUAUGGAAUAUUAUAUUUCAUAGUAAUAUACCUAUAUAUUGCUAUUAAGAGUGAGAAAGACAGAGCUUAGAUCUUGAAGCGUUCAGUGAAAAUACCCAUAAUUUCUUCAAAAUUAAAUUUUAACUGUGCACAUGAAUGUAUAAGGCUCAAUUUACAUUGCCACGAAACGAAAGCUUUGUAA